GGAGGAGGAGGUGGAGGAAGAAAAAGAAAAAGAAGAAGAAGAAGAAGAAGAAUAAGCGGAGGAGGUGAGGAGCUUUGCACGGAUCCGGUCCGUCGGUCGGUGGUCAUCGAAGUUAACCUCGACGAAGGUUCUUCACGAAGAAGAAGGACCAUUCUCGAGGAAGAUAAAAAGAAGAAAGGAAGAGGAGGAGGUGGAGGAGGAGGUGGAGGUGGAGGAGGAGGAGGAGGAGGAGGAGGAGGUGGUGGAGUAGUAGCGAAGGAAGAGGUGAAAUAUCCUCAUCGCGGUUUUCCCCGCGUCAGAGAUCUCUUCGAGCAUGCAGGUGGCAACGCUGUUCAGGGAGAGCGCCACCCUGCUGGGUGCCUCCACCUUGGAUCCCCCGCAGACUCACCACCAUCAGUCCGUGCAUCAGCAACAGCAGAUCCAGCAACAGCAUGCCGCCGACUUGCAUCUCGGUCACCACAUGCAACAUCACUACAAGAUGUCGUAUCCGUCGCCUGUGCAGAACGGGGGACAAAAUGGGGCGACGAUGAACUGUACCCAGGGUGUGCUGGUGAAGCAAGAGGCUAGGGACGACGGUUACGAGACGAGUCCAGAUCUCGAGAUGAGAAGCACCGGUGGUGACAGCAGUCAGCAGUACCACACACCGCUGACACCACACACGCCGCACACACCGCACACCCCGCACACGCCCCUCACGCCCGUAUCGGCGACGGCGCAUCAACCCCAACCACCUGGCUCGACCGCCUCCGCCCUAGGACAGGUGGCAAUAAAAUGCGAGACACCGGUGGAUCCAUACUCCUUUGUAGACGAGGACAUGUCGAUGGGUGGUAUGAGGUCCGCGAGCAGUCCUGGUGGCAAUCCUGAGAGCAUGACGUGUCCGGGCGGCGUCCAACCGGGCCUGGUUACACCCACGUCGACGCCACCCGGUCCUCUCUCCGGUCAGCAACAUCAUCGGAUCGAUCUCGUUAUGAAUGGUGCUGUGAAUCCCCAGCUAGUGCAUCAACCGAAGAAAAGGGGAAGAAAGAAAAAAUCCGAAAUGAUAUUAACACCCGAAGAGGCGGAGCUCGCGGAGGCGAAAAAACGUGCGAAGACGUAUAAGGAGAGGAAAAAGCACGAUAGGUUCGACGGAAUGCCGGAGGAGGAAGUGAGUAAACGCGUUCUUCCGGAUCACCUGACGAACAACCUCGACAUCAUCAUAAUCGGGAUCAACCCUGGACUGUUCGCUGCAUAUAAAGGGCACCAUUACGCUGGACCUGGGAAUCACUUCUGGAAAUGUUUACACCUGAGUGGACUUACGCCUGAACCUUUGACAGCCGACGAUGACUACAAAUUGUUACGACUUGGAAUUGGUUUCACGAAUAUGGUGGCACGUGCCACAAAAGGCAGUGCCGAUCUUACGAGAAAAGAAAUUAAAGAAGGUAGUCAUAUACUGUUAGAGAAGUUGCGAAAGUAUAAGCCAAAAAUCGCAGUGUUCAACGGGAAAUUGAUUUACGAGGUAUUCUCGGGGAAGAAGGAAUUUGGAUUUGGUAGACAACCGAACCUCGUGGAGGGUACAAAUACGUACAUGUGGGUGAUGCCAUCGAGUAGUGCAAGAUGCGCACAAUUGCCGCGCGCAGCUGACAAGGUGCCAUAUUAUGCAGCUCUUAAGAAAUUCCGUGACUACCUCAACGGUACGAUCUCGCAUUUGGAUGAGUCAGACAUCGUUUUUGCCGAUUCGAAACUUAAGAAGAAGGAGCAAGAAGCGAUCGAAGAUAAGAAGCCAAUCUUUGCGGACGAUCUGACGCACGAUGUCGACGGAAAGAUGACGGAUAUUAAUGGUACUUCGGUAAAACAGGAAUCUGGUUUGAUACCGGGUAAAAAGAAACGCGGUAGACCAAAGAAAAUUAAAAAUCCGGAGGAUCAGCCUCCACCGGAUCCAGAAAAAUUGGAUGCAAACGGCGAGGUUAUUAAAAAACGCCGUGGUAGACCCAAGAAAAUUCAUCAACAACAAAAGCAACAAGAACGGGAAAACAGAGAAAGGGAACAACAGCAUCAACAGCAGCAUCAAGUUAUGAGCCAUUUGAGUAACGCAUAUAACAGCGGCGUACCAAAUUGUUUUUCGCCGCCAUUGAUGUCACCGCCGAAACCUUUCGCUCAUAUGGCACCUUACCCCCAACCACAAAUGAACGAUACAAGUUUCUUUGGUCAAGGUAUGAACGACACGCCCUACAAUAUGAGCGCGAAACAAAGUCCUGUACAUUUGCAACAUUACAGCCAAAGUCCUAAAUCAAUGACGCUUUCCUUCACGCAUUCCGAUCUAUCGUCGGAAAUAAAUACCGCGAUCUCGUCGGAAAAUAAUUUGGAACCAUCACCUUUAACCUCGCCUAGCGUCGAUCAUCCGGAUUUCGAGCCGCCUACAAGUAUGUCACAACAAAAUAUGGGUAAUGAUCAUCGGCAAUACAACGCAGCUGGUAACGGUGAUAAUCCGAGUCAUCAUGGUAGCCCGGGUACUCCAUCGCAC